CUUCUGCUGCUGUCUUGGAGAGUGUUGGAACCUUUGGUGUCCUAGUGUGCAGGCACGGGAAGAUCAGCAAUACCAUCAGUGUCAAAUCAGCAUCACCAUCGUGGACGACAACCAGUGGGAGCCGGACGAGGAGUUCUUCUUGAAGCUGAGUAAAGUACCUGGAGGAGAAGGAGGAGAACUUAAGCUUGGUAGAACCAGUAUCAUGGAGAUCACUAUUCUUAAUGAUGACGAACCUGGAACUUUCCAGUUUGAGAAGCGCGGACACUUGGUGAAGGAGAGCUGCGGGGAAGCCAUGAUCUCUGUUAUUCGGCAAAAUGGCGCCGACGGCGAGGUUGAAAUAAAAUGGAGGACAGUUGAUAAAACAGCUGUUAGCGGAAAGGAUUACAAGGGUGGCGAAGGUGUUCUAUCUUUUAAGCACGGAGAAACGCAACGAGACAUUCAAAUUCCAAUUAUCGAUGACAUGGUUUACGAGAAAGACGAAAACUUUGAAGUCGAACUGUAUGAGGCGUCAAGUGGCGCAGUCCUGGGUAAACUGAAAAGAACAGCCGUAACAAUCACCAACGACGACGAGUUCAACAGUGUGAUGAACAAGCUGCUUUUGAUGACCAACGCGAACGUGGACGGGAUGAGGGUGCAUAAUGAGACCUGGGCCCAGCAGAUAAAGGACGCUAUGGUUGUUAAUGGCGGCGACCUAGAUAAUGCUACAAAUGGCGACUACAUCAUGCACUUCCUUACAUUCGGAUACAAGUUGAUAUUUGCUUUGAUUCCGCCUCCUUCGAUAAUGGGCGGUUGGUUGACAUUCGUCGUCUCUCUGAUUAUGAUCGGCGUUUUGGUAAUAAUUGUCGGCGAUUUGGCUGGUAUCUUCGGCUGCUUGGUUGGGCUCAAGGAUGAAGUGACAGCCAUCACCUUCGUGGCGCUCGGUACCUCACUCCCUGACACUUUCGCCAGUAAAACUGCGUCAAUAAAUGAAAAGUACGCAGACAACGCUAUCGGAAACGUGACCGGAAGUAACUCUGUGAACGUGUUUAUGGGACUCGGGAUCCCUUGGCUCAUUGCAUCCAUCUACUGGGCCGUUAAUGAUCCGGAGAAAGGGUUUCAGGUUAAAGCUGGAAAUCUGGGGUUCUCCGUAACCAUUUACACUCUCUUCGCAAUAUUAGCGAUCAUCCUCAUCCUAUGCAGACGCUUCCUGGGGAUAUUUGGUAAAGCUGAACUUGGUGGAAAUAAAGUUUUGAAGUAUUUGUCUGGAGGGUUCCUUCUUAUUCUUUGGAUUCUCUACAUUGUACUCUCCUCUCUUCAAACCUAUGGAAUCAUUGACAGUCCGUUCUAACAACCUUGGUCAAUUCUCUCCUAAUAAUACAGCCUUCUUGAUCAAUUAACGGAGGACAGGGACUCCUUAUGAUCAAUUUAUGUAUUCUUUAGAUCAAUUCUGAUAUUCAGGUUGAGAGGAAUUUAUCAACUCCUGUUAAUAGGAACUGUUAAAGCCAAAGGCAUAAUUUUAUGUGACCCUCGGCAUUCAAGGAAUACAAUUGCCAUAAUUGAUUUUUUUAGAUAGAAUCUACAAUAUUUGUUUUUCAAUAAUGUUGAAUCCGGUGCAAAUAUUUAAAUAGAGGAUCACUUUAACUUUUGUUAACAGUCCCUUAGAUCAUGUAAACUCAUAUCUUUUUGAUUAAUCUGUUCAUCUUUAUCUAUGUAAAUAACUAACAACACAUCUUUGAUCAAUGCUGUAACUUGUUAAAAUUCUGGACCAGAGAAAAAUUGAAAUAAAUUGGUAUUUGUAAGGUUUUAAACACUUGUUUUUCGAUACUAUUUUGAGAUAAGAAAGAACAGUGGGACCCAAUAAGCUGUGGAAAAUGAUGACGACAUUUUGUAAUUCUAUGUUUAUUCGAUAUUGUUAAGUAACAAAUACAUUUUUAAGUUAAAA